CCAUUCACAACAGACACAGAGACACACUCACAGUUUGCUUUAGUGUCCGCGAGUGUGAAGAUCAGGGAAGAUCAAACUACCUUCUGUAGGUUGACCCCUGAGCCUCCGUGUGUCUUGUUCUUCAAGGAUACAGGUCGCACACCAGGGAAACCAUCACAGUACUCCUGACUUCUGCCAACAUUGCCAAAGCCACAAUGUCACAAUUCUGUACAAUGCCAACUGGAGAGAGGAAGAAGCAUGCAGCAGCUAUUUGCCGAGAGGUCCAUGGUACCAAUGGGGACGUCAUGGAUCUGGGAAAGAAGCACAGCACUCCUAAAGACAUAAUGUUGGAGGAGUUAUCAUUGUUAUCCAACAGAGGGUCCCGGCUUUUCAAAAUGCGCCAGAGGAGAUCUGAAAAAUAUACAUUUGAAAGUAUCCAGAACGAGGCAAACGCACAGCUAAAUAAUGACAUUUCAGCUGAGAACGCUCACACUGUGGAAAUCACAGUGGACGGUCCAGCUGAUGAAAAUACCGCAAAUCCAGAUAUCACGGCUUCAGACAACACUGCAGACAACGCCUCAGCUAUGCCUAAGUCCUAUCACUCCCCGUGGGAGCAGGCUAUCCUAAGCGACCCUGACCUUGCUGAAACUAUCAAACUGGCAAUGCCAGCACUAGACCCACGAGCAGAACUGCCUGAGUACAAAUGCUUUAACAGGGUGGCCACUCCUUACGGUGGCUUCGACAAAGCUCCCAGAGGAAUCACAUUCAAGCUCCCUGAGGUGGACUUGAACCCGCCCAGUUACCCCGAGCUGCAGGAGCCAGGGGUCAAGCGUCCUACCUUCAACAGGACAGCCAUGGGAUGGAUAUCUGAGGGCACCCAUCUGAUCCUCCCCACCAUUACCCUGGAGCCCAUUCAAGUCCCAGAGUCUGAUGACCUGUAGAUGGUCUUACUGUAUGAAACCUGGCAACAUGCUGUCAGCUGUAGUAUGUUAUCCCCCUUUAUAAUAACAACACAAACAAGGCAAUACAUAACACAGUCAUGUUUCUUACCAGUAGAAUCUCUUUAAUGCAUUUGUUGACUAGUGUACCUGUACAUCUGUACAUUAGAAUAAACUGUAUCAUGAAGAUCAUGUAAAUAGGGAAAGAAAAGAUCUAAGCCUCAGAGUGUCCACUGAAAGUGAAAGCAAACCUGUACAUUGUAUUAAUGUUUAAAUGAAUUGAUGAAUAUGUAAUGUAAAUAAAGAAUAAAACUGAUUAAUGGAUGGCUCAAAACUUGAAGAUACAGGAAGUUAUAUAUUAAGUAAUUAUUGGUAUAUUAUACAUUAUUCUGAGGAUGACAAAAAAAAUGAAGAUCUUAAAUGGAAAAUAACUUCAUGUUAAAGCAAAUAACGCUAAAGAUGCAAAACUAAUAAUAAUAAAAUAAAGAAAUGAAUAGAAAAGUCAGCACUUAAAAUAUCUAAAAAUAUUCAAAUAUUUAGAAAUAUGAGUAAAUACAAUGACAGUGAGGGCUCUGUAGCUUUACAAUAGAUUUUAUUUGGCUGAUGAAGACUGAGAAAUAUGUUUGCAUUGCAACUGGGAAGUAUCUAAUCAUCCAAAGGUCACAAAAAAUCUAGGAAAGACUGGAAAAAGCAUGUCCAGAUGAAAAAAAUGUGCAUUUGCUCUUUAUGCUUAACAAACGAACUUAAAACUCAACUGACCAAUCAAUAAAUAUGACUACAUGAUUGAGAA